AUGUCUUCGUGGACGGCUGAUCCUCAGGCGUUGGAGCAAUUAAAACAUAUAUUCAGAGGGUCGUUAUCCAUAAAUAACCAAGAGCGUAAGUUGGCCAAUGAUGCCCUCGAUCAAGCUAAACAGGAACCAGAGUUUGAAAACUACUUGUUUGAAUUAUUAGUCAAGGACACUUCUGCCAAAUCCGAUGUUCGUGCCGCUGCUGGGAUAAAUUUGAAAAACAGCAUUUUGAAAAGAAGACAGCUGAACCGACAGUACUUGUUGGACAACAUCUUGACUGGGUUAACUAGCGAUGAUUCUAUGGUGAGAAAUAUCACCGGGAAUGUCAUAACCUCGUUAUUCUCAAUAUAUGGAUUGGAAGGAUGGCCCACUAUUUUACCAAAUUUGCUAGCAUUAGCAAAAACCAGCACUGGAACCGGAUUCGUUCCUCAAGAAGCUGCCAUGAGCGCUUUGAGUAAAAUUUGUGAAGAUUCUUAUUCCCAAUUAGAUGUUGAAUUUCAAGGCGAGAGACCGCUAAAUUUCCUUUUGGCCCUGUUUUUAGAAUUGUUGAGCCAUCCAAGCGACAAAAUCAAAGCCAGUGCUAUCCAUUGCGUUAACCAGUUUGUUCCAUUAAACACUCAAUCAUUCCUCGUGAUUAUUGAUGCUUAUUUGACAAAAUUAUUUUCAUUGGCUCAAGAUGGUGGAUCUAACGAAGUCCGUAAGAACAUCUGUUCUUCAUUCUUGUUAAUUCUUGAACUGAGACCGGAUAAAUUGAUGCCUCACUUGGAUGGUGUUAUAAACUACUGUUUGCAUUUAAUGCAAGAAAAUACCAGCGAGGAAGUUUCGCUUGAAGCAUGCGAGUUUUUAUUGGCAUUGUCAACAGCAAGCGAACAAGAUAAGGAAUUAUUCAAACCAAAAUUGAGUUUGAUUUUACCUAUUUUAUUGGAUAAAAUGGUUUAUUCCGAAGAAGAAAUUUUCUUGAUGGAAAUAGCCGAUACCAGAGAUAAUGCUGAUGUUGCUGAUAAGGACGAAGAUAUCAAGCCACAAAAUGCCAAGGGGAAGGAUGCACGUACAAGCAAUAAUAAUAGUGUUAAUGGAUCAGCUAACGGCACCAAGAAUCCAAGUCCGGACUACGAUUCUGAUGUAGAAGAUGACGAAGAUGACGAAGAACUGGAAAUUGAUCAAUGGAGUUUAAGAAAAUGUUCAGCAGCUACUUUGGAUGUACUUUCGGAAAAUUUCCCUGGUGAAGUUCUCAUGGUUACUUUACCUAUAUUACAGGAAAAAAUUGUAUCACCCGAAUGGCCAGUGCGUGAAGCUGCCAUCUUAGCAUUUGGUGCUAUCAGUGCAAGUUGCAUUGAGCUUGCUCGAGAUAAAUUACCAUCCUUGGUUCCAUUUUUGGUUGAUAGACUACAAGAUGAACAACCUAGAGUAAGACAAAUAACAUGUUGGACCUUAUCAAGAUAUGUUAGUUGGGUAAGUGAGGAAGCUCAUGACGGAGGUGAAUAUGCCAAUUACUUCCAGCCAACUUUCCAAUCCAUUGUUACUUGUGCCUUGGAUAAAAAGAAAGUCGUUCAAGAAGCAGCAUGCUCUGCAUUAUCUGCAUUCAUCGAAGAAAGUGAUUCAAGCUUAAUUGAAUUUUAUUUGGAGCCACUUUUAGCUCAUUUUGCCAAGUGUUUUGAAACUUAUCAACGUAAGAACUUGAUUAUUUUGUAUGAUUGUAUUCAAACCUUUGUUGAGAAAAUGGGAUAUGAAAACUUAUCUUCAAAUCCAGAAUAUAUGAAUACUUUAUUACCUCCAUUAUUAAGAAAAUGGGAAAUUUUGGAUGAUAAUGAUACCGGAUUAUGGCCACUUUUGGAGUGUAUGGCAUCAAUUGCCGCUACAUUAAGAGAAUUAUUUGCUCCAUUUGCUGUGCCAGUGUAUGAACGUGCCAUCAAGAUUUUAUCUAAUUGUAUUCAAUUAGAUCAGCAAUGUCAAACUGAUCCAAGUAUCGAAGCUCCUGAGAAGGAUUUCAUGGUUACUUCGUUGGAUUUAAUUGAUGGUUUAAUCCAAGGAUUUGAACAACAUUCGGUUGAUUUAAUUCAACAACAACCAGCUCAUAACUUAAUGGAAUUGCUUAUGUUGUGUUUUGAAGAUUAUAAUGCCGACGUCAGACAGUCUGCAUACGCGUUAUUGGGAGAUUUAGCCAUAUUUGUCUUGGAUCCUAUUGUUAAACCAUAUUUACAUUCAAUUUUGUUAUCUAUUGGCAAUGAGAUUAAUAAUCGAUCUUAUAGCAGUUACCCCGUUUAUAAUAAUGCCAUAUGGGCCUUGGGAGAAAUUGUGAUUAGAACCACAUUUGAAGAAGUCAAGCCAUAUUUAAGUAAUUUGGUUGAUUUGUUGAUUCCAGUAUUGAACAGUACUGAUACUCAAUCUACAGUGUUAGAAAAUGCUGCUAUUUGCUUAGGUAGAAUGGGAUUGACACCAGGUGGUGCCGCUACUGUUGCUCCUAGAUUAGCUGAAUUUAUUGUUCUGUGGUGUUCACAUUUCUUAUAUCUUGUUGAUAAUAACGAGAAGGAAACUGGUUUCCAUGGAAUGAUAAACAUAAUUGGGGUCAAUCCCGACCAAGGAUUUGGAGGAUUAAGCAAUCAACAAGGAAAGAAGAAUUUGGCAAUUUUAAUAACAUGCAUCGGUAACUAUCAAAGUCCAACUCAGGAAUUACAACAUUUAUUUACCGAUUUAAUCAGUAACUAUCGUGUCCUAUUAGGAGAAGAAGUUUGGCAAAGUCAAGUUUUGACGCAUAUUGAUCCAGAAGUUAGAAAUCAUUUACAAGUUGUUUAUGGGGCAUAG